CGAUGGCUGCGUCCUGUAGUUCGCAGUGCCUUUCCCCACCUCUGGUCCGUCUUUACUCCUAGCGGGGUCGCGGAGGUGGAGGCGACGGCGGCCGGGAAGGGCCAGUUUAGGGCGUGGCUGGGUCCGGGAAGGCCCACAGCCCGGGACGGCGGGUCUCACGUGCACCUCGCCUCCCUCCGCCGCUGGGAACGCUCCCCGGCCUCCCAGGGGCUUGCGGUCGGCUCGGCCCCUCUGCAGACAACUCCCCAGCCGCCUUCCGGAUUAGUCAGUCUUCCAGGGGACAGGACGCCGCCGCCGGGCAUCGCCCUGCAGCCGCCGCCGCCUCCGCACGACCCAGCGAUCGUGGAGCUCGGGAACUCACUGGAGGGACUCAAGACUCCGUUCUUGAAGAAAAGAUAAAGGUAGAAAAGAUGGUGGCUGAUUGUCUGACAAAUUGUUACCAGGUCUCAGUAACUUUUGAUGAUGUGGCUGUGGACUUCACCCAAGAAGAAUGGAUUUUAUUGGAUCAAGCUCACAGAGACCUCUACAGAGAAGUGAUGCUGGAGAACUUCCAGAACCUGGCCUCAGCAGGAUGUGAGGUCAUCAAACCCAGUCUGAUCUCCUGGUUGGAAGAAGAGGAUUUGCACAGAGAAGAUCUCCAAGAAUGGGAAAUGCCACUUGGCACCAAAGAGUCAACACUGCGUCGGGAUUUUCUGAGGGGACAGACUUCCAGUGGAAUGCAAACAGUCAGAAGCCAUAGUGCACAAGAACUCUGUUACUAUAUACAAUGUGGAGAAAUCUUCAGUGAGCACUCUUAUUUCAAGACACAUAUGAAAACUCACAGUACUUGCAACACUGAACAUUUUACUCACUCAAGUCCUGAUGCCUCUGUUCAAGUGCACACCAUAAAAACGUAUCCAUGUAAGAUUUGUGGGAGAGCCUUUGGACGUUCUUCAAAUCUUAAUAGACACUUACGAAGUCACACUGGAGAAAAACCCUAUGAAUGUAAGGAAUGUGGGAAAGCCUUCACUACCUACUCAAGGCUAGUGGAACAUUUUAGAACUCAUACUGGAGAGAAACCAUAUAAAUGCAAGGACUGUGGGAAAGCCUUUGCUAAGAGGUCAGGCCUUAUAACACAUAUAUCAACUCAUGCUUCAGAGAAGCCCUUUGCAUGUAAAGAGUGUGGGAAAGCCUUUGCUUCAUCCCCACGCCUUAGUCAGCAUAUAAGAAUUCACAGUGGAGAGAGACCUUACAUAUGUAAGGAAUGUGGAAGAGCCUUCCUCACUUCCUCAUACCUGCGGAACCAUAUAGGAAGAACUCACAGUGGAGAGAGACCCUAUAUAUGUGGAGAAUGUGGAAAAGCCUUCCAUUCUUACUCAAAUCUACGUAGACACGUGAGAACUCACAGUAGAGAAAGACCCUAUAUAUGCAAGGAAUGUGGAAAAGCCUUCCUCAAUUCCUCAUACCUACAUAACCAUAUAAGAAAAACUCACAGUGGAGAGAUGCCUCAUAUAUGUGGUGAAUGUGGGAAAGUCUUCCAUGCUUCCUCAUACCUUCGUAGACACUUAAGAACUCACAGUGGAGAGAGACCAUGUAUAUGUAAGGAAUGUGGGAAAGCCUUCCUCAACUCCUCAUACUUACGCAAACAUCUGACCAUUCAUACUGGAGACAAACCCUACGAGUGUAAAGACUGUGGGAAAGCCUAUCGUAUGUACAGUCUGCUUCAUGACCAUUUAAAAACUCACACAGUAGAAAAGCCAUUUGAAUGUGACGUGUGUGGGAAAUCCUUUCAAUAUUUUUCCUACCUUACUAAACACAUUCGUAUUCACACUGGAACAAAACCCUAUAAGUGUAAGUACUGUGGGAAAGAUUUCACUACUUCCUCAAGCCGAACUGAACAUAUCCGAACUCACACUGGUGAGAGGCCCUAUGAAUGUACGGAAUGUGAGAAAACCUUCACUUCAUCCUCUAACCUCAUUCACCAUGUAAAAAUCCACACUAGAGAGAAACCUUUUGUUGAGAAGGUAGGGAAGCCUACAGCAGACUUUACCUACUAACUGAACACUAGUAACUCAGUGAACACGGUCACUUCAGAUAGGAGGAAUGCCCCAAAUCCUGAAUCUCUUGUCUUGAUUCCAUCAUACUGGAACUUAGAAUUUUAAGAAACUAAUGUGCAACAUCCCCCAUUUAUGACAGUUUAUUUUGAAAAUAUGAAAGAACCCAUGAAUGUAAGGAAAGAAAUACUAAAGCCCACACUAUUUCCUAGGAACUUACUAAAUAUGUGAGACUUCACAAUGAAGGGAAAUACACUGAUGUAAAACAUACAGAAGGUUGUAGUUCUGCUAAGUAUUUUUAAUUCAUUUGUUCCAACAGUUGAUAAAACUUUGAAGGUAAGGAAUGUUAGAAAGUCACAUGAACUUAAUCCUCAAUGUUUAGUCAACAUUAUAAUUCAUACCCAAGAGAAAUCAACUGUGUGGAAAUUUUGUCCAUGUGCCCUGAAAUGUAGUAUUGCUGGCAGCAGUAAGGCCUGUUGGAUGAUAUUGUUUAUUUUGAACUUCUGAUAUCUGUCCUGAUAUUCCUAGAGUGAUACAUUUUCUUUCCUGUAAGCACCAUUUCAUCUUGGUUUACAACUUCUGGGUAGCAAGCUGGUGAUAUGAGGACUUUUGGAAUAUAAACAUUGUUUUAGUAUAGUGUAGAUUCUCUAGUUGGCUUAUCAUACUAUUAAACAUGCUACCCUAUAAUAACUUAUAUCAACUAAGUUUCAUAAUACAGUUCUCAUGGUCUUUAAAAUGUCCUUGUUCCUCUUUCACAACUUUUAGGUAAAAGGUUAAAUGAAUGAAUGAAUGAAUGAAUAAAUGAAUGAAUGAAUG